CAUAUACUUUAUUGCGCACUAAAUUUGGAUUUUCUCGAAGAAAUGAAAUUUUAAGUCCUCAACAGGUUUUAUUUACAACUUUACAAGGGAAAGACCAGGCGUAACAGACCUUGUCGUCGUCAUAUUGUACGCAAGUAGAAAAUUUGGGGUUUAAAUAUGGUUGGUAUAUUAGACCUUCCUGAUGAAAUGCUUGUUAAAAUACUUCUCUACAACCAACAUGAUUCCAUCUUAAAUAUAGCAGAGAUAUCUCCAAGGUUUGCAUUAAUAUUGAAUCAUUCGUCCUUAUGGAUACGAGUUUAUUUUCGUAACCCUGUUGACCUAAGCACGCUGAAGAACUGUCUGAAGUAUAUGGGGUCUUAUACCCGUACUCUAAAGAUUACUGGAAAUCUGAAGAGACCACGCCCUCUCCUCAAAUCUAAUUUCUCUGACGUCUUUUUCCGAGACCUACAGGUUAAGUGUCCGAACCUUGUUGAUCUGAGAUUAGAAUAUAUCUAUUGUGAGAAGAGAUCUCCUCUGAAAGUUAAAAAUCUGCCAGAUGGUCUGGAGCGACUGAGAUUUGAUACUGUUGAACCGAUCAGUUUUCGAUUUAUUGAUUUAAAAGAGAAAAUCAGGAAUCUAAGAGUUCUGGAGCUAGUUCGUUGUCCCUGGUUUACUGCUAAUCUUCUAUAUUUUCUGAUCUGCACACUCCCACACCUACAAAACAUAAGUGUGAGUAGGUGUACAGGCCUGCGAAAGAGCUUUGUUGCCCAACCAAUGAUGUACCCGGCGCCUCCACCAGUUUUGCGGAUAUCGAGUACGUUUAAAGAGCUGAGCUUGGUUGACUGCUUCUUGUAUGACGGAUUCCUAGGAGAUAAUUUCUCUCUGAACCUGCUCCAGUCUCUACAGAGCCUGGAUCUUAGGGACAACCCUGAGUUUACGAAUAGAGGAUUGGAUAUAUUCGCUUCCCAAUUAGUGAAUUCCAACCAGGAAGGUAUAAUAAAGAAAUUAAAUCUUUGUGGAACUGGAGUAACUCAAGACGCAGUAGAUCGAUUCCGUUCCAAGUUCACCAACUAUACAGUUGAUAUCUAAUCAAUUCUGUUCCAAGUUCACCAGCUGUACAGUUGAUGUCUUAUAAAUUCUGUUCCAAGUUCACCAACUGUACAGUUGAUAUCUAAUUAAUUCUGUUCCAAGUUCACCAGCUGUACAGUUGAUGUCUUAUCAAUUCUGUUCCAAGUUCACCAAAUAUACAGUUGAUAUCUAAUCAAUUAUGUUCCAAGUUCACCAGCUGUACAGUUGAUGUCUAAUCAAUUCUGUUCCACGUUCACCAACUGUACAGUUGAUAUCUAAUCAAUUCUGUUCCAAGUUCACCAGCUGUACAGUUGAUGUCUUAUAAAUUCUUUUCCAAGUUCACCAACUGUACAGUUGAUAUCUAAUUAAUUCUGUUCCAAGUUCACCAGCUGUACAGUUGAUGUCUAAUCAAUUCUGUUCUAAGUUCACCAACUAUACAGUUGAUAUCUAAUCAAUUCUGUUCCAAGUUCACCAACUGUACAGUUGAUAACUAAUUAAUUCUGUUCCAAGUUCACCAGCUGUACAGUUGAUGUCUAAUCAAUUCUGUUCCAAGUUCACCAACUGUACAAUUGAUAUCUAAUCAAUUUUGUUCCAAGUUCACCAACUGUACAGUUAAUGUCUAAUCAAUUCUGUUCCAAGUUAACCUAUUUUACAAUUGAUGUCUAAUCAAUUCCGUCACAAGUUCACCAACGAUAUGUACUCAUAGUCAAUUACGUUCCUUAAUUAAUUUAACAAUUGAUUUCAAAUUUAUUCCGUUCACUUCUUUACAGUGUGCAGUGUACAUUACGUUAAUUAAGUCCGUUUAAAGUACAAUAGAGAUAUUAUUAAGUUUCAAGUUUCUAUUGUUCAAAAUAUAUACAUUGCAUUAAUCAAGUCCGUUUAAAGUACAAUAGAGAUAUUAUUUAGUUUCAAGUUUUCUAUUGUUUAAAAUAUAUACAUUGCAAAUAUGUACAAUGUAAAAUAUACAUAUGCAUACUUUAGAAAGGAAAUGAAUCCUUAAACAAGUUCCAAGUUCAAAUCUAAAAAGCAUAUCUCAAAGAACCUUUAUUUUUACGGCAUUAUUCCUACGUCACAAUGCUCGUCACUUCUAAACCAAACCAAUAUCAGCAGAAUAAACGAAUGUUUAUUUUUAUAAUGUGUGAUAGUUGUAAAUUGUUUGUGAUACACUGUGAUACUAUUUCUUUCUCACUGAACCUAUAAAAAUUGUAUACAUUUUUUUUUU